AAUAUUCUUCGAUUAUUUUUGGUGCAAGGGAGAGUUCUAAAGGAGUUCAUUGAACGCGUAAACCUCCCCUUUCGGGAAUCGAAUCGUCCACAAGCCGGAGACAACGAGCCUGAAAGUCGAGAAUCAGAGUGUAAGAAGGAUUUUCGGGGCGCCUGCGCUCGAUACUAACCUAUCAUGAGGGAAUGCAAGCACGGAGGAGCUUGAUACACUUUCCACACCUCUCAGGAGCUUCUUAUCGACCGUAGAAUCGAAAAUCUAGAAAAUAACGCAUAAUACAAUAUUCAUAAAUAAAUUCAACGACGGCUAUAAAUAAUAUAUCCACUUUCCACUAACCUAACUCAAUAAGGAAGAAUAUAGUUCUCAUGAAAGUUGUCAAUGUCUUCGAUAUCUUCGCAUUAUAAACCAGGAAAGUAAAUAAAAGGAGUGAUCAACGGUGAGAUAUAAUUAGCUGAAAGAGAUGUCAGAGGAUAUCCAAGCGCCUGCGCCCAUCAAGGUACUCUGGUUCGAGCCGGUAUCGAGAAGAGAGAUAAGAAACUCGUAUCACGACGUCAUCCACGGGAUCCUGGCACCUCUUGACUCUUCACAGGCGAUCAGAGAAGGAUUAUGCGGCAGAGUUGUUGAAGAGGGAGGAUGCAGCUUUGGAAAGUGUCGUUGAACCGGAUUCAUUCUGGUUGUUUGACCCCGUGUUACCGUCAACGACGUCCUCGUCGUCGAGACCGUGACAGAGAAACGAAAAGAACCUGGCUAGGACCAGGAUUAGUCGCAGGAUGCUGGCGGAAAUGGUCCGUCUCUCCUACCAGCACCGAGCGUUCUACUGCUACGUGAUCCUCAGUGUGUGGAUCUUCCUCCUCGUUGCUGGUAUGUACAAAUAUAUCGGCGUGGACGAGAAGGGCUCUGUACAAGCUAGGGUUCUAGGGAAUGAUAUGUCCAUCAGGGAAUUUCCCAGAAAUCUGAAGGCAGACGUGAAAACGAAAAAGAUAUUUCGAUUUUGUAAUCCUCCAAGUGAAAUCACAGCAGAAAGUGAAGGAAAACUGGAUGGAAAUUUGACACUUGGAGGUAUUUUGGUAUUUAUACGACAUGGAGACAGAGGUCCACUGGCUCACAUUCGAAACAUAAGCAUUGUAAACUGUGGUGGAGACUUUAGUUCUGUACCUGAAUUAGAAAACUUGUACCAGAACUACGUGAACUUCUUGCAAAAUGUCUCUAGCUAUUCUAGAACCGCAUGGGCACAAUUCCUGGGACCGUUCCAUGGUUUUCCUAUGCUGCCCAGCAAUUCUAAAGACUGCAGAAUUGGUCAGCUGACCACACUUGGCAUUGGACAGCUGCUGAAAACUGGAGUCAUACUUAGAAAUGCUUAUUACCAUAAGCUGAACCUUGGGAAUGGCACCAUAUCUAAUAAAGACAUUGUUGUAUAUAGCACAAGGUAUCGCAGAACAGUUCAAAGUGCAGUUGCAUUGCUAUAUUCCCUCCUAGAGACAGAUGGUAUUCAGAAUCUUGCUAAAAUCACUAUGCAAGAAAGUCAAAGUUAUGCCUUUUGUAACACAGACUGUGCAUGUCCAGCCGCUGAGAAAUUUUUCAAGCAACACAUGAAGGAAAUGUCAGAUCAUUUGAAAUCCCACCCAGCUGUAGCAGACCUAAUACGACAGGCUUCCAGUGCAGUCUUUGAAAUCCCUGACCAGGCUCAAAUGUCAGAUCCCAAUAGUUUAAAGGAUGCAUUGUUAACCUACAUCUGUCACGGUGCUUCUUUGCCCUGUGUAGACUUCGACACCCAAAGAGUGUGCGUGAAAACGGAACACGUAACGGGUUUAUUUGCCUAUACAGAAUGGGAAUCUAAACAAGUGGCAAAAAGCAGCAGUCGCAAAAAGUACGGGCUACUGAGAGCCUAUGGACUUCUUCGAAGCAUAGUUUUCUACGUGCUACGCAUCAUUUCCGAGGCCAAGCCGAAGAUUGUUUUAUAUUCUGGCCAUGAUAAAACUUUAGAAUAUCUUGCAACCGCCCUCGGGAUUUUCUCAGACAAAUUGACCAUGCCACAUUAUGCUUCCCGGUUCGUGAUUGAGGUCUAUCGAAUAAAUCCAAAAAACGAGAAUCACGUAGCCAGCGAUUUUUACUUCCGUGUGGUCAUUAACGGGAAAGAUUUCACACAGAAGAUUCCGUUCUGCAGGAACGCGAAUUUUUACAGCGUCAGUUACAUAGAACGCAACGAAGCGGAAAAAACGCGCAGAGAUUCAAAAUUGUGCCCGAUUGAAACGAUCAUCAGGCAACUUCACGAUGAUUAUUUCGGCCCAUUUAACGCGACCAAUUUCAAGGAUGCGUGCACCAAUUACAAGCGCGGAUAG